AUGGAGCGAUUUCAGGUGGGAUUCAGAUUUCUUCCAUCCGAGGAAGAACUCCUUCAAGGACAUUUGAUGAGCAAGGUACUUGGUUAUGCCAAUGGUUGCGUCAUUCCCGAGCUUGAGGAUUUCUAUGCUAAGGAUCCUUGGGAAUUACCCGAAUUGUAUCAACAUAUAUCAAAUAUUCCAUCUGAUGGGUGGGAUUGGUACUUCUUUUGUCCUUCUCCUUACCUAGCCCAAAAUAGCGAGCGCAUCAAAAGGCAAACAACAAGCGGUAAAUGGAAGAUCACUUGUCAAAAGGAUGAGAUAAAAGCUCGAGACACCAAGGCUUUAAUAGGAACCAAGAGGAUUUUGGUCUUUUACAAGGGUCGCGUCAAGACUGGAUGGGUCAUGCAUGAAUAUCAUUUGAAUCCGAAACUUCUUAACGGAUACUCCUCAACUUUUCAGAUACCCUAUAUCCUUUGUCGCUUGAAGAGGAAACCAAGUGAAAGCUUGGAUAUUUCGCCCAGUUUUGAAAGAGGUUUUAGGGUAACCGAGGACACUCCGGUUAUUUCUCAACAUGAGCAGACAGAGGACUCAGAUCAGGAGUCAUCAUUUCAAGCAACCAUGGAAUCGCUCGUUCCAUUUCAGACGCUCGAGAGCAACCUGCCGGACUACAAUUCGUAUCGCUCUUUCCAUCCGCAGCCCCACAUGUACAACGAUGGCCAGCAGGGCGAUGGUUUUUGGUGAGCCUUGGAACCUGAAGAGUAACACCAUUAGCUGGCCUUGCAGGAUCACGCUUUAGAAAGCUUUUCAGGG